AUGAGGGCCGUUCGGGUCAGGAAUGGCAAAGGAGAUGCCGAUGCUCUUUACAUUAGCGAAAAUGAGCCGGAUCCGGUGGCAGGGCCCGGCCAAAUACUCGUACACAUCAAGGCUUUUGGACUGAAUCGUAUGGAUAUCAUGCAGAGAGAGGACAAGUAUCCGUAUCCGCUGCUGCCAGAAUCAGGAGAAUUCAUGGGCGUCGAGUUUAGUGGUGUUGUGAAGGCCAUUGGCGUUGAAUGCCGAAGCGACUUCAAGAUUGACGAUGCAGUUUUUGGGCUGGCCUAUGGAAGUGCUUAUGCCGAACAGAUUGCCGUGUCUGAGAAUAUGCUUAUGCACAAACCGCCAUCUCUGGAUUUUGAGACGGCGGCCGGUAUUCCAGAGACUUACUUUACAGCAAUUCAAGCAGUCCAUCUAGUCGGCGCUUUACAAUCUGGCCAGGAUGUCAUUGUGCAUGCUGGAGCUUCAGGAGUUGGCCAAGCCGUGAUACAGGUUGCAAAGCACGGCGGCGCCAGGACAGUUUUCACGACUGCAGGAUCAGAUGCAAAGACGGAACUAUGCAAGUCACUAGGCGCCAAUUUCGCUUGCAACUACAGAAAAGAUGAGGAUUUCGCCCAAGUGGUAGGGAGAGAGACCAAGGGUCGCGGCGUAGAUCUCAUUAUCGACCUUGUCGGUCACGACUAUUGGGACCGCAAUAUCGCCUCGCUGGCCAUGGACUCGAAGAUUGUGCUCGUUGCACUCAUGAGCGGAGGCGUCAUUGACGAGUUCAACCUUCGAAAGCUGAUGAACAAGAGGAUUUGGGUCAUGGCCACUACCCUGCGCACGAGAAGCAAGGAGUAUCAAAAGCAGCUACGUGACCGCUUUGUUGAAUUGGCGCUGCCCGGGCUUGCGGAUGGAACCAUGAGGAUCACGGUGGAUAAGGUAUACUCCUGGAAGCAGGUUGGCGAGGCACAUAAGAGAAUGGAAGCCAAUGUCAAUGCUGGCAAGAUCAUUUGCGUUGUAGACUAA